AUGCAAAGGCCUGACUUGUAUGACAGGCAGUCUAAAUUAGAAGAAACAUUGAAUCAGUUCAUGCAGGUCUCAAUCUCUAACCACGAGAAUACUGAAGCAUCUAUAAAGAAUUUGGAGAUUCAAAUGGGGCAGCUGGCCAAACAAUUGGCUGAAAAUUCUGGUGGAAAUUUUUCAGCCAAUACUCAUACUAAUCCAAAGGAGAAUUGUAGUGCAAUUACAACAAGAGGUGGUAAGAGAGUGGGUGUGUUGGAGGAUGAGGAAGAGCAACAAGAAAACAAGGUUGAAGAGACAGAGAGAGAGCCAGCUAGCAAGAGAAUUGAAAUGAAAUCCAAGGUGUCUAGUACCAAGGAUAUUCCAUAUCCCCCAGCCCCAAGCAAAAAGGAUAAAGAGAAGCAAUUUGCACGCUUCAUGGAGCUUUUUAAGAAGCUUCAAAUCAACAUUCCUUUCUCAGAGGCAUUGGAACAGAUGCCCACUUAUGCAAAAUUCAUGAAAGACCUCUUGACAAAGAAGAGAAAGUUCAUUGAGCAGGAGAUUAUUGAGUUGGAAGCGGGAUGCAAUGCCAUAAUUCAAAAGAACUUACCUCCCAAGUUAUGGGACCCUGAAAGUUUUACAAUUCCAAUCACUAUUGGGGACCUAUCAGUUGGAAGAGCACUGCUAGACUUGGGUGCAAGCAUUAACCUCAUGCCCUUGUCUAUGUUAGAUAGAGUUGGCCAGGUGGUAGUAAAACUGACCUGCAUGACUUUGCAACUAGCUGACCGGUCUAUCAAGUAUCCCUAUGGUGUGAUUGAAAACAUGCUCGUUAAAGUUGACAAAUUCAUAUUUCCAGCUGAUUUUGUGGUUAUGGAUAUGGAAGAAGACUAUGUUAUUCCUAUUAUCUUGGGGAGGUCAUUUAUGAAGACUGCACGAGAAAUCAUUGAUAUAGAGAAUGGUGAAUUUAAAUUGAGGGUCCAUGAUGAGGUGAUCACUUUUAAUGUAUUUGAAGCUAUGACCCAUCUGAAUGAUAAAGGUGCUUGUUUCCGAAUGGAUGUGCAGGACGAGGUAGUGCUUGAGGCUACACAACAACUAAAAAAGUCAUUUUCUCUUGAAUAUGUGUUAACUGAUACUAUGGAUGAACUCGAUGAGGAGGAUGUGAUUGAAAUGUCUGAAUGCUUGCAGCACCUAAAUACUUUCAAGGAGAUUCCACCUAGUGAUGCCAACCAUGAGGAGUUAAAAGGUGACAGCACACUAGUGAGCACUAAGCCAGAGUUGAAGAUACUUCCAAUUCACCUCAAAUAUGUCUUUUUGGAGCCAAAUGGUGAAAAACCAAUCAUCAUUAGUAACUCCCUGUCUCAACUGGAAGAACAAAAAUUGAUUAAAGUCUUGCAGGUGCAUAAGGAAGCUAUAGGGUGGUCCAUUUCUAACCUUAAAGGCAUCAAUCCAGCUUACUACAUGCACAAAAUAAACAUGGAGAGUGAUUACAGGCCAGUAGCUCAGGCUUAA